AGUUAUCAGGAUUGACGUGUUUCUCAAUGUAGGUUGCAUCAUCUUAUGGAUGGCCAGUCUCCACAACUCAUUGCAUCGUUGGAGCAAUGGUGGGUUUUGGGCUGGUAUAUGGAGGCGUUGGAGCUGUCUUUUGGAAAUCAUUAGCUAGAGUUGUUUCAUCAUGGGUUAUAUCCCCAUUUAUGGGUGCUGCGGUUUCAUUCCUUGUUUACAAGUGUAUUCGUACGUUUGUCUACAGUGCUCCAAAUCCAGGGCAAGCUGCAGCAGCCGCUGCACCUAUUGCAGUAUUUUUAGGAAUUGCAGGUCUUUCAUAUAUAGCAUUUCCCUUGAGUGCAGUUCCAUUGAUUGCCGCAGCACAAGCCCUUGGAUGUGGUAUUUUAGGAGCUGUUCUUAUAACCAAAGUCAUUCAACAACAGCUAGGAAAUCUGCUUGAGUCAUCAAAAGAUCCUCAAUCAGAUGAAAGAGGGAUUCCUAGACAGAUCAAUCUAUUAUCAGAAAUAGCUGGUCCCAAAGGUGAUCAGCUGACAAUAGUUUAUAGUAUCUUUGGAUAUUUGCAAGUACUUUCUGCUUGCUUCAUGUCAUUUGCACACGGAGCAAAUGACGUUGCAAAUGCCAUUGGCCCCAUCACUGCAGCUUUAUCAAUUCUCCAAGGAACACAUCUAAGUGGAAACAUAGCUGUCCCUAUUGAUGUGCUUGCAUGGGGUGGAUUUGGAAUUGUUUCUGGCUUGAUGGUAUGGGGCUAUAAGGUUAUGGCAACCAUAGGCAAGAAAAUUACAGAACUAACCCCAACAAGAGGUUUCGCAGCUGAGUUUGCAGCUGCUAGUGUUGUGGUUAUUGCGUCAAAACUUGGGCUUCCUAUUUCUGCUACACAUACCUUAGUAGGAGCAGUGAUGGGAGUUGGAUUUGCCAGAGGCCUUAACAAUGUCCGGGUUGAAACAAUGCGGGAGAUAGUUGCCUCUUGGGCUGUGACAAUUCCAAUAGGAGCUGUCUUGUCUGUUAUGUAUUCAUGGAUUCUGAUAAAGUUUAUUCCAUCACUGUGUUAAUGGAGUAGUCAUGUAGAUGAUAUAAAAAAAAAAUCACUUUACAGAAAGAAAUUGUUGUCAAAGAGUCAGUUUUACUUUAGAAAGGCAAGAGCAGAUCGAUGUAUAACCAAAGUUUUGGUCACUGGCAGAAAAUAGUGUACCAAAUUGAAUGAAAAUGUUUUCUGGGUGGCUUUUCUACACGGGUAAAUAAUUUUCCACAGAACACUAAAAGAGAUGGGCCUUUGUAAAACUUCUUUAGGUAGCAGGUUUAAGUUCUGAGGAUUCUGGUGUUUAAUGAAGCUAUUCAAACUCAGGAUUUAUGUUAAACGCUUGGUACCUGAGAGCUAAAUAUUAUUGGAGAUUUGACUUUGCAGACAGAUUUCAAUAAUUAAUGCAGGCACAUAAGCUGUUUUUCA